AUGGCCGAUGACGAGAUUCAGAGGCUGCGCCAGCUCGUGGAGGACGUGGAGCAGGCUCGACAGGACGAGAAAAGACGUCGACAGGACGCGGAGCAGGCUCUAGAGGACGAGAAAAGACGUCGACAGGUGUUAGCAGAACAGAUACGACCCUUAACACUUUUUGAAUAUCUUGAUGCCUGCCACACUUUUCUUUUUAGGGGUCUUGUCCCUGGGAACACCAAGCAUUAA